UUUUUUUUAAGAAGCUAAGAAUAAUAUUUUGUCACUGAGAUCCGGAAACAGAUUCAAGAGGUAUGCAGGCAGCUCAAAACAGUGCUUUCCUGACCACUUUCUAAAUAUCUAAUUUUUACAAAGUAAUCUCUGUGUGUGUGUGAAACUGAAGCUGCAUCAAAUAUGAAAACCUGUAAAUCCAGUCACUCGGAUUCAGGUGUGGAAUCAGACAUGCAGUGCGGGAGUGGAGCCGGCUGUGUUGUGAAGUGCAGUUCGGAAAGGAUGGAGAACGCUGCCAAGAGAAGACUGGCUGCCAACGCCCGGGAGAGACGACGGAUGCAAGGACUGAACACGGCCUUUGAUCGCUUGAGGAAAGUGGUCCCGCAGUGGGGUCAGGAUAAGAAGCUGUCCAAGUAUGAGACCCUGCAGAUGGCCCUGAGUUAUAUCAUGGCUCUCACCAGAAUCCUUGCUGAAGCAGAAAGGUACAGUACUGAACGGGAAUGGAUUAGCCUGCACUGUGAGCACUUCCACCCCGAGAGCUACCACCAUUACACGGGACAGAAACUGGCCACGGACAGCGAUCCGUACGCACAGCGGAUCUUCAGCUACCACCCGGAACACUUUCAAACAGCUAAUUAGAACUCGUGAACUAAGAAUAUGCAGCAGAUGUGUAAUUUAAUAAUUAGCAAGAGUUAAUCUGCUUGACUAAGGUAAUAUUGGCAUUCUAACAGCUCAUUCUUGUUCGCCUCUUAUACUAAUUUGACGAAUUUGCUUUGAGAACUUCAAAAUGCAUUUAAGAAAACUGAAUUUAUUUAAUGAUGGUGGAAAGUAUACUUCUAAUUUGAAAUCCUUCUGACAAUUGUUCCCUAGUUCAUCUAGUUCAUUUGAUUUUUUCAUUAAGUAAGUUUUUGCUGGUUUUUUUUUACUGUGAUGAAUCAUGACAGUAUUUCUACAAAUCAUGGAACAAGUUGACCCAUGGUGUAACUGAAUGGAAUAACACCAGAAAUUAACUUUAUUCCAUGUUUUUAUUUUUGUGUCAGCUUUGAACUUAUUCUUUGGUUUGUUUCCACAGAAAUGGCUCCCAUGGAAAAAGUUUUAUAAUGUAUCGUUGUUCUAGUCCUCAGAGAACUAACUUUCUUAAACUUUGUAAGUUUGACAUUAUGGGUUCCAAGGUUGUGUGUUUGCUUUAAUCCAAUUUAUGGUGUUUCUUGUAUGCUCAAAAAAGAGCUAGUUUCAAGUCAUGGAAAGAAUGUUUUAUUUUUAGUGGUUGUAAAAGCAUGUGUGAUUAUAUACCAUAAAUGAGAAUGCUUGCGUGAAAAUAAUCUAAACUUUUAGAUUUUUGUAGACUUUAAAUGAUUUUAUUUUUUAAUCCUGUGUUAUCUGGAAACAAUAACAGAUUUUGUAAAUCAUAAAUAAAGUGUUUUCUAUGCUAUGUC